AUGGUGCCCAUCCAGCUAUGGGGGUGCCUGAAGAAGCCCCUCCUCUUCCUGGGCUGCACCUCCAUCCCCCUGGGGCUGCUCCUGCUGGACACUGCCCGGCCCAACAUGGUGCCCCUGGCUUACUUCUUUUUCACAUUUGGUAGCUUCUGCUUGUUUCUACGCCUUCUUGCCUGCUUGCUGGAGUACAGGCUCUGGCCACAGCAGGAUGAGAACCCGAACCCAGGGGCCUCAGGCAGCGCGCGGGACAAUGAAGCCUUUGAGGUGCCAACCUACGAUGUGGCUGUGGUGAUGCAACCAGAGAGCAGCCCCCAGCAGCCGGAUGACCCGCCACCGUACAGCAGCGUGAUCCCCCUGGGACACGAGGAGGGCGAGCCGAGCUGUCCAGAGGAGCCCAGGGGAGCGAGACUGCAGAGGCGAGGGGGCUCAGAGGGGUCUAUGACCCAGGGAGGAAACCCCAGUAGGGCUCCAGUCAGAGUCCGGCUUCGGGGACCGCGGGCCGUGUCGACUGAGCCUGACCUGCAGCGCUUGCGGAUAGCCCCCAAAGUGGAGCCUCUUACUCCACCCCCUGCUUAUGAGGUCAGCCUUGGUCCCCAAAAUGAUGACAGUGUUUUCUACGAGGACAACUGGACACCCCCCUAA